GUUUAUAAGAGCAUUAAAUUCGAGAGUGAAAGCUAUCGGUUUCCCACAUUUGCAAAUAAAAGAAAAAGGGCUUAUAAAAGGUAAACGCUUUCCUCCUCAACGAGGCUGCUAGGGUUUUCGUUUUCUUCUUUUCUGCAUCGCUUCAGGUUCUUUCUGUAAAGAUGUCUCGCGUGUAUGUUGGUAACUUGGAUUCACGAGUGACGGAGAGGGAUCUUGAAGACGAAUUCCGUGUUUUCGGAGUUAUUCGGAGUGUUUGGGUUGCACGAAGGCCACCUGGUUAUGCUUUUAUUGACUUUGAUGAUAGGAGAGAUGCUCAGGAUGCUAUUCGUGAAUUAGAUGGCAAGAAUGGUUGGAGGGUUGAGCUUUCUCACAAUUCUAGGGGUGGAGGUGGUGGCCGCGGUGGCCGUUCUGGUGGUUCUGAUUUGAAAUGUUACGAGUGUGGUGAACCUGGUCAUUUUGCCAGGGAAUGUCGCUUACGUGGUGGAUCAGGAAGACGCCGAAGCCGCAGCCCACCUCGAUUUCGUAGGAGCCCUAGCUAUGGACGAAGGAGUUACAGUCCUCGUGGGCGAUCUCCUAGACGCCGCAGCUUAUCACCUCGUGGACGAAGCUACAGCAGGUCACCUCCCUAUCGUGGACGGGAGGAGGUUCCAUAUGCUAAUGGAAAUGGCCUUAGGGAACGUCGCAGAAGCAGAAGUUGAUUUUGAAAGUUGGUGUCUGUGAUUGUUAAGAGAAUAGUGAGAUUUUGUUAAGCUAGUGUUUGUUUAGACUUAAGUACGAGUCUAUUUUGUUGGGCAAGCCCGAGAUUCUACUCUUGGAUUGGAUUAGUUACUUUGUGUCUCAGUUUGUGUUGAAUUUGUAUUUGCAGAAUAUUUGUAGUGUUAUUGCAGGUAAUGAUCUUUUUAAAGUUGUUCCUAGUA